CGGAACCAAACUAAGAAAAGAAAUUCCUUCAGAUAGUGAGUGACAAUAUAAACAUUCAAUUUCAAGUCCAUUCUCAGGGGAAGGCGAACUUCAAAUUUUUUGACGUGAGUAAUGACUUUGGUAUUUGGAUAUUCCAUUUAAAAGACAUUCUCCUUUGUGGGGAUUCUUAAUUUGAAGUUUGGUGUGUACUGUUUUGAUCUUUCUGGAAAGAUUGAGAUUUUGAGAGUUAGUUUGAUUCAGUAAUGGCUUCAAAAGAAAUGACAAGUAAACUUUGGAGAUGGGGUUUAGGUUUGCUAUACAUAUUUGCUGUUGCAGCUAUCUGGAUAGCUGCUAGUUUUGUGGUACAGUCUGUUGUUGAUGCAGGUGUUUCACCAUUUCUUGUAACAUACAUUUGCAAUUCAUUAUUCAUUGUUUAUAUUCCCUUAGUUGAAAUCGGGCGUUAUAUAGAAGAUACUUAUGGAAGUUUAAUGUUCUGGAGAAACAAAAAGAACUGUGCUUUACGAGAGUUGGGAGAAUCAGAGAAAGCUAUCCUUCUUGGAGAGGGUGUUUCGGGUACAAAAGCAGAUGGAUCGAAUCAAUUCUCACUUGCGGAAGAGGGAGAAAUCAGUCAUGAGAAAAGGGGUGGUUCACAGUUGGAUUAUGGUUCUAAUGAGCUUACUAAGACUUUGCCUGGUGAAGGUGAAGUUGAUGAAGUGGCUAACAUAGGCUUGGAUGCAAAAGGGCGAUGGACACGCACUAGAGUGGCUAAAGUUAGCCUGUUAAUAUGCCCAUUUUGGUUUCUGGCUCAACUGACUUUUAAUCUCUCAUUAAAGUAUACUACUGUUACGUCUAAUACCAUCUUAAGCAGUGCCUCCAGCCUUUUCACAUUUUUGGUCUCUUUAGCAUUUUUGGGUGAGAAGUUCACUUGGGUAAAGCUUGUAAGUGUCCUUCUUUGCAUGGCAGGAACUAUUAUUGUCAGCCUGGGAGACUCAAGUAACUCCAAGAAUUUAAGUGUAAUUGUUUCAAACCCUGUUCUUGGAGACAUUCUGGCUCUUCUCUCGGCUGCUCUAUAUGCUGUCUAUGUUACACUUAUUCGUAAAAAGUUGCCUGAUGAUGAUGAAAAGAAUGGUCGUGCCAGCAUGGCACAAUUCCUGGGAUUUCUAGGGCUUUUCAACGUAUUCAUUUUCCUUCCUUUCGCUCUUAUACUCAAUGUCAGCAAGCUAGAGCCUUUCAACACACUAUCCUGGAAGCAGUUUGGCCUGAUUAUGGGAAAAGGUUUGUUGGACAAUGUGCUGAGUGAUUAUUUAUGGGCAAAAGCUGUUCUUCUCACCACAACAACAGUAGCAACGGCUGGUCUGACUAUUCAAGUGCCAUUAGCAGCGGUAGUCGAUACGAUAAUAGGCAAUGCUCCGCAUGUCAUGGAUUACCUCGGAGCUGCAGCUGUGAUGAUUGGUUUUGCAGGCAUCAACAUCCCUUCUGAUGUUUUUGGCAGGUCUAAAGAAGCUACCCUUGAAUUAGAAAAUGAAAAUGUGCGUUCAACUAAUGAAGAGCAUAUCCCAUCACUGAACCAAGAAACAGUUGCCAUUAACUAACAUGUUGCUGCUGCUGUAAAGUUACUACACGUUCCAAGUAAGUUAAUUCUUUUGAGAAUAUAUUUUAUUUUUAAUCAAAGUAGCAAAGUUGAAAUAAAUGUAUACAAAAGGAUCAGGGAUUAAUUAUGGCCCUUGGCUUUGAUGGGCUUUGUUUGAUGGUUUUUUCAUUGGACUGUGUACUUUGGUGACUAUAAGAGGAAGACAGCGUGGAGAAUCCAUCAUGGUGCUAGGAAUUAUGUUCUUGUUUUGAAGUAGGAAAAUAGGUAAAAAACACGUUGAAAUUCAAGCAGACAUUAAUACAAGACUAUGGAGAUUUUUUA